GAGGUUUCUUAUCUGAAUAACGAAUCAAGAUUCAGGUGGGAUCACUUGCAGGAUCAGAUGGUGUUUGUCAAGUUGCGCGAGCACAUUAAAAAGUUCGCGGAUGAUGGAGACGCGUUGAAGGAUGUUCUUAGGGAAACAUUGUUGGAAGUGUGA